CCCUGCAUCUCGGAAGACUCUUCAAGAAAUCAAAAUGUCAACCAACACAGACCUUUCUCUCUCUUCAUACGAUGAAGGUCAGGGGUCUAAGUUUAUUCGGAAAGCUAAGGAGACACCAUUUGUCCCCAUUGGAAUGGCAGGCUUUGCAGCAAUUGUUGCGUACGGGUUAUACAAACUGAAGAGCAGGGGAAACACGAAGAUGUCCAUUCACUUGAUCCACAUGCGUGUGGCAGCCCAGGGCUUUGUUGUUGGGGCCAUGACUCUUGGUAUGGGCUAUUCCAUGUAUAAAGAAUUCUGAGCCAAGCCUAAGCCUUAGAAGAGCUGCUGCCUUGGUCUGGGAAGUGCUUGUUUUCAUUAGACGUCUCAUAUUGAGGUUACCUGUUUGUGUCUGCAAUAAAUACCAUGUGGGUUUAGACAAAA